AUGAAUGACAACGCUGAAAUCGUUGACCCAACGUUGAUUAAUCCAAACGAUGUACUAUCCCACAAGGGCAAAGGGAAACAUGAAGGAAACCGCAUCCUUCGGGAGACCACUGCAGAAAGACACGCCGAGUAUAAUGAAGCUAGCUUGGAGAGAAAGAAAGAGAUUGUUGACGAAAUCGUAUUGGGCGUGGAUGGCAGAUUCUUGAAAUGGGAUUCGGAACAUCUACGGUACUUUGUUCUGACCAACGAGGAUGCGAAGACAAUUGUAAGAAAGCAAUUUGGCAAUUUGAGACACAGGGUCAAGGUUAGACAGUCUCGAGGAGAUUAUAAGCAAGAUCACAUCAUCCUUGAGUCUGAGAUGGAAUCAAUGUCUGCACACUUGGCCCAGGAUAUGGACGAGAUGUUUGAUGAUGAGGAGACGGUAGUAGAUGGCAACAAAGCUCUCCGGGACGAAGAUGACGAUCCGGCAAAAGAUAGGCUUAUGGCACUAUUGAACGACGAGGGAGGUGAACAACUCGCGCAAACCAUUCUGUCCAUUGUGAACAGUGUUGACAAAGAAGAAGAAGAAGCCACAUUAUCGAUAUCUAGCAG